UCGCUUACCACAGCUCAGUCCGAUCACGACUGUCAACCGGUUCGGAACUGUGUUUAGAGGCUCUUCACGAAGGGACGCUUGUGCCACGUGUUUUGUGGAAUUUUGCAUUUUUCGUGCCAUUCCGUUGGAAAUAGAGACAAUUUUAUAGUUAAGGUGAAAGGGUCAGUGUUGGGGAUCCUUUUGAUAUAAGUUUUAGGUACAAAUUUUUUGCCAGUUUUAAGUUUUUUAGCAAGUAUUUUUAAGAAGUGUGUAGACGUUAAGUUACUUCCUAGAACAAUCUAAAACUAUUGUCUGUAACGUAAGAAUUUAGAAUAGAACAGCCGCACAAUGCCUGCAACGUUGGUCCUGGAGGAUGGAUCCGUCGUGCAUGGGGAGAGUUUCGGCGCUGAGGUGGAUUCCGACGGAGAGGUCGUGUUCCAGACGGGAAUGGUCGGCUAUCCGGAGUCGAUGACCGAUCCGUCCUACCAUGAACAGAUAUUGGUACUGACCUAUCCGUUGAUCGGAAACUAUGGUAUUCCCGAUGAAGAUCUGGACGAACGUGGACUGAUGUUGCAUUUUGAGUCGAAUAACAAGAUUUGGACGUCCGGUUUGGUGGUGGGGGAGAUCUGCGAGACUCCAUCGCAUUGGCGAAGCAAGUUGACACUGUCGCAGUGGAUGGAGAAGCAUGGAGUUCCGGGGAUCAGCGGAAUCGAUACAAGAGCGUUGACCAAGAAGAUUCGGGAAAAUGGAACUAUUUUGGGCAAGAUCGUCCAAGGCCACGUGGCGAGUGCUGCCGGUAUAGCCUUCCGAAACCAGAACCUGCGUAACCUGGUGGCGGAGGUUUCCCUCUCCAAAGCGGUCACCUACAAUGAGUCUGGCUCGCCUCGCAUCUGUGCCAUCGACUGCGGCUUGAAACUGAAUCAGGUGCGCUGCUUCAUUAACCGGGGAGCUCGCGUGGAUGUUGUACCGUGGAACGCUAAGCUGAAUCCAGAAAACUACGACGGUCUUUUCUUGAGCAACGGUCCGGGAGAUCCAGUGAUGUGCAAGGAAACCGUUGCCAACAUCCGGCAGUUGCUUGUGGAAGGAGGGACUGUAAAACCGAUAUUCGGAAUUUGCUUGGGUCAUCAACUGCUGUCGACGGCUGCCGGUUGUAAGACCUACAAGAUGAAGUACGGCAAUCGAGGUCACAAUCUACCGUGCAUCCAUAAGGGAACCAAACGCUGUUUCAUGACUUCGCAAAAUCAUGGUUUUGCGGUGGAUUCUUCUCGCCUGCCUACCGGAUGGGAAGAACUGUUCACCAACAUAAACGAUCACACAAACGAAGGAAUCGUGCACGUUAGUAAGCCGUACUUCAGCGUUCAAUUCCACCCGGAACAUACGGCAGGUCCGGAGGACUUGGAAGUAUUGUUCGACGUGUUCCUCGAUACCGUAAAGGCAUACAAAACUGCGAAGUCAGACAAACUGACUAUGAAUGAUCGAUUGAACGAGGCACUGGCGUAUCGACCCACGGUGCCGAUCGAUACGGCUCGUCCCAAGAAGGUGUUAAUUUUGGGAUCCGGAGGAUUAUCAAUUGGUCAAGCUGGAGAGUUUGACUAUUCUGGAUCGCAAGCAAUUAAGGCGCUAAAGGAAGAACGUAUCCAAACGGUGCUGAUCAAUCCGAACAUUGCAACCGUGCAGACUUCUAAGGGCUUGGCGGAUAAGGUUUACUUCUUGCCGUUGACGCCAAAUUAUGUGGAGCAGGUGAUCAAGGCUGAACGACCAGGAGGAGUUCUACUAACCUUCGGAGGUCAAACGGCUCUGAAUUGCGGAAUUGAGCUGCAGCGAGCCGGAAUUUUCGACCGCUACAAUGUUAAAAUUAUGGGAACACCGAUAUUAUCGAUCAUUGAAACAGAAGAUCGGAAGAUUUUUGCAGAGCGAGUGGCUGAAAUCGGAGAAAAAGUUGCCCCGUCAGAUGCGGUUUAUUCGGUUCAGGAAGCUCUGGAUGCCGCAGAGAAGAUCGGAUACCCGGUAAUGGCUAGAGCGGCCUUUGCAUUGGGUGGUCUCGGAUCAGGAUUCGCCAAUAAUCGGGAGGAGCUGAAGGUGCUUGCUCAGCAGGCUCUUGCUCAUUCAAAUCAAUUGAUCAUCGACAAAUCGCUUAAAGGAUGGAAGGAAGUCGAGUACGAGGUGGUUCGGGAUGCGUAUGAUAACUGCAUUACCGUUUGUAAUAUGGAAAACGUGGAUCCGUUGGGAAUCCAUACAGGAGAGAGCAUAGUGGUGGCCCCAUCGCAAACUCUUUCCAAUCGUGAAUACAAUAUGCUUCGUACUACAGCGAUCAAGGUUAUCCGACACUUCGGAGUUGUUGGAGAAUGCAACAUUCAAUACGCGUUGAACCCGUUUUCCGAGGAAUACUACAUCAUCGAGGUAAACGCUCGUCUCUCGAGAAGUUCUGCCCUUGCUAGUAAGGCUACAGGAUACCCCCUAGCAUACGUAGCGGCGAAGCUUGCCCUAUCGAUACCUCUACCGGAUAUCAAGAAUUCGGUAACUGGAGUGACAACAUCAUGUUUCGAGCCCAGCUUGGAUUACUGCGUAGUCAAAAUGCCUCGAUGGGAUCUGUCCAAGUUUGCCAGAGUUAGCAAGCACAUCGGUAGCUCCAUGAAGAGUGUCGGAGAAGUGAUGGCAAUCGGUCGGAAGUUUGAAGAAGCUUUCCAAAAAGCACUGCGAAUGGUGGACAACGUGAAUGGUUUUGAUCCGUACUUGAUGAAGGUGAACGAGCAGGAGCUGAAGCAACCGACGGACAAGCGCAUGUUUGUGCUGGCGGCUGCCUUGAGGAAAGGUUACACCGUUGAUCAGAUCUACGAUUUGACCCAGAUCGAUCGAUGGUUUUUAGUAAAAAUGAAAAACAUCAUCGAUUUUGGACAGAAGUUGGAAGAGCUAUCAGCGAUUCCGGAAAAGGAAAUGCUUUUGGAAGCGAAAAAGAUUGGCUUCUCGGACAAACAGAUUGCAGAGUUGAUCAAGAGCACAGAGCUGGCGGUCCGCUUGCAGCGAAAAGAAACAGGAGUGUUACCGUUUGUGAAGCAGAUCGAUACCGUAGCUGGCGAGUGGCCAGCGUCUACGAAUUACCUCUAUUUGACGUACAAUGCAACCGAUGACGAUAUCGACUUUCCCGGUCAGUACACCAUGGUUAUUGGGUCGGGAGUUUACCGUAUCGGAAGCUCGGUGGAGUUCGAUUGGUGCGCUGUUGGUUGUCUGAGGGAAUUGCGUAACCUCGGUAGGAAAACGAUCAUGGUCAAUUACAACCCGGAAACGGUCAGUACCGAUUACGACAUGUGCGAUCGUCUUUACUUCGAGGAGAUUUCCUUCGAAGUAGUUAUGGACAUCUACGACGCUGAACAGCCGGAAGGUAUCAUCCUUUCUAUGGGCGGACAACUGCCAAACAAUAUUGCCAUGGAUCUCCAUCGCCAACAGGCAAGGAUUUUGGGAACAUCACCUGAAUCAGUGGAUGGUGCAGAAAAUCGGUUCAAAUUCUCCCGCAUGUUGGACAGGAAAGGCAUUUUACAGCCGCGAUGGAAGGAGCUCACCAAUCUUGAAUCGGCGAUUGAAUUCUGCGAAGAAGUGGGCUACCCAUGUCUUGUUCGUCCCUCUUACGUACUCUCCGGUGCAGCUAUGAACGUUGCCUAUUCCAAUCAAGACCUGGAAACGUAUCUCAAGCACGCCUCCGACGUUAGCAAGGAGCAUCCGGUGGUCAUUUCUAAGUUCUUAGUUGAAGCCAAAGAAAUUGACGUGGAUGCCGUGGCUGCUGAUGGAGAGAUUCUGUGUAUGGCCGUUUCUGAACACGUUGAGAAUGCCGGAGUUCACUCAGGUGAUGCCACGCUGGUAACCCCACCGCAGGAUAUCAACCACGAAACUCUGGAACGUAUCAAGCAAAUUGCUAGGGAUAUUGCUGCUCUGUUGGAUGUGACUGGACCGUUCAACAUGCAGUUGAUCGCGAAGAACAACGAACUGAAGGUGAUCGAGUGCAACGUGAGAGUGUCGCGAUCGUUCCCGUUCGUGUCGAAGACGUUGAACCACGAUUUUGUGGCAAUGGCCACGAGGGUGAUUGUUGGCAUGAGUGUGGAACCGGUGGAUGUGCUGCACGGAUGCGGAAAGGUGGGGGUCAAGGUUCCGCAGUUUAGUUUCUCGCGGUUAGCUGGAGCGGAUGUUAUGUUGGGAGUUGAGAUGGCUUCGACCGGAGAGGUGGCCUGUUUCGGUGAUAAUCGGUAUGAAGCGUAUCUCAAGGCGAUGAUGUCAACCGGUUUCCAGAUUCCGAAGCGAGCUAUUUUGCUUAGUAUUGGAAGUUUCAAACACAAAAUGGAGCUUCUGCCGAGCAUUCGAAUCCUUCAUAAGAUGGGAUACAAACUUUACGCUUCAAUGGGCACAGGAGAUUUCUACACCGAGCAUGGAGUUGAUGUGGAAUGCGUUCAAUGGACGUUCGACGCAGCCGUCACCGGUGAUGAUAGCGGAGAACUUAGACAUCUUGCUGAAUUUCUGGCCAAUAAACAGUUCGACAUGGUCAUCAAUCUGCCGAUGAGGGGUGGUGGUGCUCGGCGAGUCAGUUCAUUCAUGACCCACGGCUACCGAACGCGUCGACUGGCGGUCGAUUAUUCUAUCCCUCUCGUUACGGAUGUCAAAUGCACUAAACUGCUAGUGGAAGCUAUGCACCGAAUUGGGCGGGCUCCACCGAUGAAGACGCACACGGAUUGUAUGUCAUCGAAGACCAUGGUUAAGAUGCCUGGAUUCAUCGAUGUCCACGUGCAUUUGCGGGAACCAGGAGCGACGUACAAGGAGGACUUCAGUUCAGGUACUGCUGCGGCCUUGGCUGGAGGUGUGACCUUAGUUUGCGCUAUGCCCAAUACAAAUCCAGCGAUCGUGGAUCGGCAGUCCUUCCAGCUGUUUCAGGAUCUAGCCCAGAAGGGAGCUCGGUGCGAUUAUGCUUUGUUCGUUGGAGCUUCCUCGACGAACUUUGCCACCAUCAGUGAACUUGCGCCUCAAGCUGCUGCUCUAAAGAUGUACCUGAACCAGACGUUCACCACCUUGAAGCUGAACGACAUGCUUGUCUGGCAGAAGCAUUUGUCUCAUUGGCCCAAGCGAGCUCCGAUUUGCGUCCAUGCCGAGAGUGAAUCUACGGCAGCUAUAAUCCUGAUGGCUUCACUCGUAGAUCGUCCGAUCCAUAUCUGCCACGUGGCCCGAAAGGAAGAAAUCUUGAUCAUCAAAGCAGCAAAAGAACGCGGCAUCAAGGUCACUUGCGAAGUUUGUCCGCAUCAUUUGUUCUUGUCUACUAAUGAUAUAGACCGAAUUGGUCGUGGAAAGGCUGAAGUUCGGCCGGUUUUGUGUAGUCCGGAAGAUCAACAGGCCCUUUGGGACAAUAUGGAUGUUAUUGAUGUGUUUGCUACCGAUCACGCUCCUCACUCGAAGGAAGAGAAAGAGUCGGACAAUCCUCCACCGGGAUUCCCGGGAAUAGAGACGAUUCUUCCUCUUCUGCUGAAUGCCGUAAACGAAGGCCGGCUAUCGGUGGAGGAUCUGAUUGCCAAGUUUUACAAAAAUCCUCGGAAAAUAUUUAGUCUCCCGGAGCAACCCAAUACCUACGUUGAAGUCGAUUUCAAUGAAGAAUGGGUCAUCCCGGAGUGUCCUUCGCAGUCCAAGGCCCGUUGGACGCCGUUUGCCGGCAUGAGAGUGAAGGGGCGUGUACACCGAGUGGUUCUUCGUGGGGAAACUGCUUUCGUAGAUGGUGUGGUACUGGUCAAUCCUGGCUACGGCCAAAACGUCCGUGAGUGGCCAUUGAAGAAACCAACAGUUGCUCCCUCGGUAGAGAAGAUCAACACUUCGCUGGAUGGCUUGGAUCUGCUGUCGAUCACCAAAUCGCUGGAUACCACACGUCAAGCUGCGGACUUCUGGGACACCGAUGGGCACACGAACGAUGUGUUCAGCAAGCUAUUGGCCUCGGGUGAGAUCAACAAGUCAGCUGCGAACUUGGCAGAUGCUCAGAUGAGACCCUACUCGCCGAUGCCACGGACUCGUUGUGACUCGAUGAGCAAUUACAUCAAGGAAACUAUGGCGCCUGGUCCAGGAGCGGUGAAGGAGAAGAUCAUUGCCGGAAAGCAUGUUCUGAGCGUGGACAUGUUCAGCAAGGAGCAUCUGAAUGAGAUAUUCAACGUGGCAACAACGAUGAGGGGUCGGGUGCAGAAAGAUCGUCCAUUGGAUGAUCUGCUGAGGGGUAAGGUGAUGGCUUCGGUGUUCUAUGAGGUCAGUACGAGAACUUGUUGCAGUUUUGCUGCGGCCAUGCAGAGGCUCGGUGGACGCGUGAUUUAUAUGGACGAGACAAGCUCCUCGGUAAAGAAGGGUGAAACGCUGGAGGACAGCAUCCAAGUCAUGUCCGGGUACGCUGACGUGGUGGUUCUGAGACAUCCCGAGCCGGGUGCUGUAGCGCGUGCUGCCCAUCAUUGCCGCAAACCUCUGAUCAAUGCUGGCGAUGGAGUUGGUGAACAUCCGACACAAGCUCUUCUGGACAUUUUCACCAUCCGUGAAGAGAUCGGUACUGUGAAUGGUCUGACGAUUGCCAUGGUCGGUGAUUUGAAGCAUGGACGCACAGUGCACUCGUUGGCUCGCCUAUUGACGCUUUACAACGUUCAUCUGUACUACGUUUGUCCGGAUAACUUGGGCAUGCCGAAAGAUGUAAUUCAAUUUGUCAAAUCCAAGGGCAUUCAACAAUGGUCUUGCACCGCUUUGGAGGAGAUAAUCGACAAAGUUGAUGUCCUCUACAUGACCAGAAUCCAGAGAGAGCGAUUUGCAUCUGAAGAGGAGUACAAAGCUAGUUGCGGCCGCCUGGUACUAACCCCGCAAAUCAUGACCCGUGCCAAGCGUCGAAUGAUCGUGAUGCAUCCCCUACCACGAGUGUUCGAGAUCAGCAAAGAAAUCGAUAUCGAUCCCAGGGCAGCCUAUUUCCGGCAGGCCGAGUACGGAAUGUACGUCCGCAUGGCACUGUUGGCGAUGGUCCUCGGAAAGUGCUAAAGGAUCGUUUCUUACCCUUCAUGAAACACAGAUGAUCGAUCAACAGUGAUCCACCGCAAACCGCGAAUGGUUGUUUUAAUAUAUACAUGUGAGCUCUACAAAUACAAUAUACAAUUUAUCAUGGUUGUCUAAAUGCUACCACAUAGAAACUACAAUCG